AUGAAGACCUUUGAAGACCUGGAACCCCAGCAAGGCUCUGGCUCACCAGCUUCGGUCUCCUCCGCCGGCGAAGACAGUGUUACGAACAAUGCAUCGUACCAGUUGCAGGUAUUUAGUGCAAAAUGCUCCCUUUGUGAAAUUACGGAUCAAUUCGUGUCCGGGUUCGUGAAGAACGAUCAAAUCUCGCUUCUAGACAGUGGGCAUUGCACAGCGCUUUACAACAAGCUCCUUUGUUGGAAGCUGUCACUUCCAGAUCAGCUCAUGACCAGCAACAGUGUCUCACCAUCCGUUUUGUUGCUCCAAGCAACAUACGAUUUUGUGGCUCUAAAGCUCCUGUUCAGCUACACGAGUCACGCCGGCACCGACCUCUUUGACGGCCGCAACGCCGCCUCGCUCCAGGUUCUCCAUGCGAGCUCCAUGAUGACGAACCUCUGGAUCUACCGCGGCAUCUACACCAUCAAGCACGAAUACUGGGCCGCCGAGUACUGCUCCUUCGUCGCCCUCGCUCUACUCCCCCGCCUAGAAACCGACACCUCGACCCCCGCCAUACAAGAUAUCAUCGGCCGCGCGUGCUGCGUCCUCAAUGAGAUGGCGCGCGCUGGUGUCUCGGGCCGCGCGCAGGAGCUGCUUGCGGGCGUCGAAGAGCGUGCAAGGGCGUUGAAGAUGCGGGUGCCGUCGUACGGACGGAAAUCGGCGACGCACGAGAGUGCUACGCCCAUGGUUCUGGUACGCGGAGUGCAUGUUUUUGACGGUGCGAAUGGCGGCAUGCUAGACACCGCGAAUGGAUCGCAUAAUGUCAGGUUCGGGCAGACUAUUGAAUACGUUCAACCGGAGAGUCUCGGCGGGAGACAAGACGGAGGAAAUGGGGGUGACGAUGUGUUUGUGUAUCGACCGCCUUGGUGA